GUCUUUCGUUGGUUAUUAAAAUAAUAACAAUAUUUGAAUUAAGUACUUUUUGCUAAGUUGCUUUUCGUGUUCCCAACCGGUAUGGUAAUAAGUUUUUGCAUUCAUUUUUAUUGAGAACUCUGAGCUCAACAUUGGACAUAAAUCAUACAUUUUGUUUCAAUUCAAGAAUGUUCUGGACGGUUACCUUGACGAUUACAGCCCUGAUGGUAUUGUGGCUGCGAUGGAGAUACAGGAACCGGAAAUUAAUAAAAAUGGCAGAUAAAAUACCAGGACCACCAUCACUGCCCAUAUUAGGAAAUGCUCUCAAAUUUAUGGUCCAUAACAAAGAGCUCAAAAUUUUAAUUAAGAACCUUAUGAACCAGUAUGGCGAAGUUGUUAAAUUUUGGCUUGGAAUGGAUCUUAACAUAUUAGUCAGUAAUCCCGAUGACCUCAAGCUUCUCCUAACCAACAAUAAAACCAGCGUAAAAGGUGAACAGUACAAAUAUUUUAAGAACUACAUAGGCGCUGGGCUCUUGAGUGGGUCAGGUCCAGAAUGGAGGAAACAUCGCAAAAUAGCAACACCAAACUUUGGCAAACAGGCGACGGGAAGUUAUGUUCAUGUAUUUAACAUGGAAGCAGAUUUAUUAUUAGAAAAUUUAAAAGAAACUAGUUCUGGAGAUCAGAUAGACGUUUACCAGUAUAUUGUUAUGAGCACCAGUUAUGCUGUCUGUCAAACCUUGAUGGGACUUACAAGGAAGGAGACUUUGGGAUUACCACACCUUCAAUAUGUUAUUGAGGAAAGUCCCCUAGUAUAUACGAUAAUAUUCGAAAGAAUGACGAAAUGGUUUAUGCAAAUAGAUCCAGUUUAUUGGUUGACCAAAUCAUACCAAGUAGAAAAAGAAUUCGUCUCUCGUACGAAUGAACUAAGUGGUGCUAUAUUAAAAUUACGUAUUAACAAAUUGGCAGACAUAGAUGAGAACAAAUUAAAAUUACUGGACACCGAAAAGGAUUCCUUCAAUAACACAGAAUUGAGUGUUGUGGACAGAUUCAUACUCUCAAGAGAACUUGAUGCUACGGAUCUGAAAACUGAAAUCUUUACUAUCUUUACAGCUAGUCAAGAAGCAACAGCAAAAGUAGCGGCUUCGUUACUAUUGAUGUUGGCGUUUCAUCCCGAAUGUCAGAAAAAAGUUUACGCUGAAAUUACAAGUGUGAUAAGAAAUAAAAAUAAACAUAUAACUGAAGAGGAUCUGAAGCAGAUGCCGUAUUUGGAAAUGAUUUUCAAAGAGGUUCUUCGGCUGUUUCCAACUGGUGUCAUGCUUCAAAGGAAAAUUAAUAAAGACAUUUCUAUAAGUUCUUGUACAUUACCAGCUGGUUCGUCGCUCGUGAUACCGUUAUAUCAUAUGCACCGUGAUUCAAGGUUUUGGGAAAAUCCAGAGUCUUUCGAUCCAGAGAGAUUUUCCGCUGAAAACAUGAAGAAGCGCAAUGCUUAUUGCUAUUUUCCUUUCAGUUUAGGCCCUAUGGAUUGUUUAGGUCGAUUUUUUGGUACGAGUAUUAUAAAAAUAAUAGUUAUCAAGAUUAUCCAGGAAUAUUACUUGACAUCCACAUACAAGUACAGCGAUCUUCAAGUUGGAUUCUCAAUAUCAGUAACGUCGUCUAUUGGUUACCCCGUUAUUUUAACUCCUCGAAAAAUGCUGUUGGCUGUAGUGUUGUUAGUAUUGGUUGUUCUGGGUGUUUGGGUUCACUGGCGGUACAAAAACCGAAGGUUGUUGGAAAUGUCUACGAAAAUACCAGGACCACCUACUAUUCCAAUCUUAGGCAACGCUUUUUAUUUCAUGUGCCGCCCAGAAGAAAUGAUAAAGAUUACUAAACAGUUGAUCGACGAGUACGGCCUCGUUCUCAGAUUCUGGCUUGGGACUGAUUUAAAUAUUGUUGUUAGCAAUCCAGAUGACAUAAAGAUUUUACUAACUAACAACAAGGUCAGCGUAAAAGGUCCUCAGUAUAAGUACAUGUCAGAUUUAAUCGGAGUUGGAAUUUUAAGUGGAUCAGGGUCAAAAUGGAGAAAGCAUAGAAAAUUGGUUACUCCAAACUAUGGAAAACGAGCUGUCGAAAGUUAUAAUGAAGUUUGCUACAGGGAAACUAAAAUACUUAUUGAUAAUUUAAAUAAAGUACACCAAGCUGGAGUACUAGAUAUAUACAAACAUAUAGUUAAAACAACCAGCUACAUUGUAUGCCAAUCGUUGAUGGGUUUAACUAGAGAAGAAACCCUAAGGAUUCCUUGUUUGCAAAAUGUUAUAGAUAAAAGUCCGAGGUUAUAUGACUUCAUAUUUGAUAGAAUGACAAAAUGGUAUCUACAAAUAGACCCCGUUUAUUGGUUAACGGAAUCAUAUAAAAUACAAAAAAAAAUUAUGAGAGACAUAAGUGAGAUGAACGUGUUUAUAAUAAACAACAGAAAAGAAGCAUUGGCUGACAUAAAUGAAGAUUAUUUAGAAUUAUUAAAUUCAGAACAGGAUUCCGUGAAAAAUACAAAGCUAUCGGUCAUUGAUAGAUUGAUACUGUCCCAAGAAUUAAAUCACAAGGAGCUGAUAGAAGAAACAUUCACAAUAUUUACAUCUAGUCAAGAGGCAACUGCAAAGAUAACGUCUUUUUUGCUGCUCAUGAUGGCAUAUCAUCCUAAAUGUCAGGACGAAUUGUAUUCGGAAAUAUUAAACGUGAUAGGUAAUAAUUACGGGCCAAUAACUGAUGACUAUCUAAAGCAUAUGCCCUACUUGGAAAAGUGUGUCAAAGAAGUGUUAAGGCUAUACCCUAUUGGUGUCAUGUUACAAAGGACUGUCAAGGAAGACGUAGAAAUAAGUACAUGCACACUGCCAGCAGGUUCCUCCCUUGUUGUUCCCAUUUUCAAUUUACAUCGUGACCCAAGAUUUUGGGAAGACCCUGAAGCUUUUGAUCCAGAAAGAUUUUCAACUGAGAAUAUGAAAAAACGGAACCCUUUCUGUUAUAUCCCAUUUAGUUUAGGACCAAUGGAUUGUCUAGGAAGAUUCGUUGCAGCAAAGUUUAUUAAGACCAUAGCAAUAAUGGUGCUGCAUGAAUUCCGACUAUCCUCCGUGAACGAUUAUAAAGAUCUCAACGUGGUUAUGGCCAUAUCAGCUAAAUCUGCAAAUGGUUACCCAGUUAUUUUAACACCACGAAAACAAUGCAAUUGAAUGAAAACUGACGGUUUUUUUUUUCAAUUUUGUGACGCGAACCUUUCACUGCUUAUCUAUCAACUAUUUUGUUUAAUAAAAGAUGUUACAACUCCUAAUAAACAUAAGAUCUUAUAGAUAUUUUCUUUUACUAAAUAUUUUUAUCUCAUUGUAGUUAAUUUCUGUAUUUUCCUAUUCCAAAUAAAUUUUUAAUUAUUAA